AUGGUCUCCAGGUACACUACUCCUCUUAACUUCCACGGUGUGACCGUUGGCGCUGCCACCAAGUAUGCCCAGAUUGCCGCCACUUUCGGCGCCAGCGCUGGUGUCUUCGCUCUCUUCUUCUUCGGUGAAGUUCCCCGUGUCCGCAACGAUAUCCUGCGUCAGCUUCCUUUCUUCGACCAGUACUUCGACCGCACCAUUGCCCCCGAGGACAACGAAUGCCGAUUCGCGACGUGGCAUGCUAACAAUCAUGUAGCCCUUCUAAACCUUUCCUUACGAAGUACGAUCCAUCAACCAUAUCCUACUCGCAGGGAUUUCUUAUGUUUGCGCAUAUGCUCCCUAUCAGCUAUAUAG